UCUGACCUUGGCCUGCCAAGGCUGUGAGGGCUGGGCCUUCCGAGGAUACCGGCCCUAGGAAGCACGGGCUGAGGGCUGAGGACGCACUAGGGGGCAGGGGUAAAGACCUCGCCACAGGAACCGGAGCGGUGGGGACGCCAAGUCAGCAAGUGAACGCUCUCCAAUUCCAUCCCGCCUGCGGACCGCGUGACGAGCAGCGGCCAAUCGGAGGCAAAAGCGGGUUGUUCCAAAAAAAAAAAAAAAAAAAAAAAACACCCACCCAGUCGCUUCCUGCUUCCGCCUCGGCUCCUCUUCCUGCCGGCAUCCGGGAUCCCUACGUCCCGCGUCCCCCGAGCACCCGGAGCUUACGCGCCCAGCGCUACCGAAAUCCAGAGUCCUGCGCCCUGGAGUCCCUGUGCCCCGGAGCCCGAGCACCCGGGAGUCCCAAGCCUCGCGUCCCGGAGUGCCCGCGCCUGCGCCACCGCACCCGGAUACCCAGCGUCUCCGCGAGCUCCCGAGUCUCCCUGCCGCCGCCCCGCGGACAGUACCGCCUUCCUCCCCUCGGUCCGCACCAUGGCCGCCCCCGACCUGUCCACCAACCUCCAGGAGGAGGCCACCUGCGCCAUCUGCCUCGACUACUUCACGGAUCCGGUGAUGACUGACUGCGGCCACAACUUCUGCCGCGAGUGCAUCCGGCGCUGCUGGGGCCAGCCCGAGGGCCCGUACGCGUGUCCCGAGUGCCGCGAGCUGUCCCCGCAGAGGAACCUGCGGCCCAACCGCCCGCUUGCCAAGAUGGCCGAGAUGGCGCGGCGCCUGCACCCGCCGUCGCCGGUCCCGCAAGGCGUGUGUCCCGCGCACCGCGAGCCACUGGCCGCCUUCUGUGGGGACGAGCUGCGCCUCCUGUGCGCGGCCUGCGAGCGGUCAGGGGAGCACUGGGCGCAUCGCGUGCGGCCGCUGCAGGACGCGGCCGAAGACCUCAAGGCGAAGCUGGAGAAGUCACUGGAGCAUCUCCGGAAGCAGAUGCAGGAUGCGUUGCUCUUCCAAGCCCAGGCGGAUGAGACCUGCAUCUUGUGGCAGAUGGUGGAGAGCCAGCGGCAGAACGUGCUGGGUGAGUUCGAACGUCUUCGCCGUUUGCUGGCAGAGGAGGAGCAGCAGCUGCUGCAGAGGCUGGAGGAGGAGGAGCUGGAGGUGCUGCCCCGGCUGCGGGAGGGUGCAGCCCGCCUAGGCCAGCAGACCGCCCACCUAGCUGAGCUCAUCGCCGAGCUUGAGGGCCGCUGCCAGCUGCCUGCGCUGGGGCUGCUUCAGGACAUCAAGGACGCCCUGCGCAGGGUCCAGGAUGUGAAGCUGCAGCCCCCAGAAGUUGUGCCCAUGGAGCUGAGGACCGUGUGCAGGGUCCCGGGACUGGUGGAGACACUGCGGAGGUUUCGAGGGGAUGUGACCUUGGACCCGGAUACCGCCAACCCUGAGCUGAUCCUGUCUGAAGACAGGCGGAGCGUGCAGCGGGGGGACCUGCGGCAGGCCCUGCCGGACAGCCCGGAGCGCUUUGACCCCGGCCCCUGCGUGUUGGGCCAGGAGCGUUUCACCUCAGGCCGCCACUACUGGGAGGUGGAGGUUGGGGACCGCACCAGCUGGGCCCUGGGGGUAUGCAGGGAGAAUGUGAACAGGAAGGAGAAGGGCGAACUGUCCGCGGGCAACGGCUUCUGGAUCCUGGUCUUCCUGGGGAGCUAUUACAAUUCCUCUGAACGGGCCUUGGCUCCCCUCCGGGACCCACCCAGGCGUGUGGGGAUCUUUCUGGACUACGAGGCCAGACAUCUCUCAUUCUACAGCGCCACCGAUGGGUCGCUGCUAUUCAUCUUCCCUGAGAUCCCCUUCUCCGGGACGCUGCGGCCCCUAUUCUCGCCCCUGUCCAGCAGCCCAACCCCAAUGACUAUCUGCCGGCCGAAAGGUGGGUCUGGGGACAUCCUGGCUCCCCAGUGACUCGGGCCUUCCUGGAGGAGUCCUGUUGCCUCUCCUGCCCCUCCAGGCCACUGAGUGUUUUGUCCACUUGGAGGACCUGGGAGGAGGGAGUGUGUCCUUUGAGCAAGAGGAGGAACUCCUAGUGCCUUUCUGAGCCUGCGUGGGAGAAGCCCAAUUCUAGCACUCCAGGAAACUGCGGGAGGGUAUGGGGCAGGCUCUGUCCUCCUUGGGAGACCCCUCCAGCCACCGGGUGCUGCUUAAUGCCAACAGCCCUUACCAAAGCUGGGAGCCCCAUCGCCCCAGCAGCUCUGACCUGUGGUUCCAGAAGCCAAGAAAGCUCCACUGGGGCUUGCAGAAUCCAGGGUCCGCCUAAGCUGCACAGUUCCUGCAGCUUUGCCAGCCCCCAAAACUACUGUGCACCCCACCUCUGAAGAUGCCGGGGGAGGCAGCCAGGAUGGGAGCCAACCCCAUGCCUGUCUGUGACCCCAUAGUGGGUGAGAGCCUGUCACAGUCCAGGGUGUGGCCGCUCUGGAAGAAUUAGGAGGCAGCCAUCAUAAGAGUCUUCAGAUGAUGGGAGGGGCCAGGGAGGACAGGAACCGAGAGUAGAUGUCCCAGAAUAAAGAGGCUUCUGGGAGGUGCCCGGGUACAGAUGUCUGUUCAGCAGGUGUGUGGGCCUAGAGGAGACAGCACAGCCCAGAAAUGUCUUCUGCAGGCCCACGUUGUGACUUGAAGCUUUCAUGGGCAUGUCGCCAUUGGGUUUUGCCCUUGCAAAGACUUCCUAGGUCUUCAAUGGCCCCUCUGGACGCAGGGUCCCAGCUGCUGCUUGGGGAUGUGCACUGCUGGCCACCAGCCUUGCAGUCUCCCUACCCUGGGGACGAGCAGUGGCUGCCCAGAGCCCAGGGCAUAUAGCAGAAGACAGGAGUUGAUUUUUGUGUUGGGUUUGGGGUUUCUUUGUCCUCAAGGUACUGUUCUGCUUCUCUUUACCCCUCUGCUUUAUUUAUUGUAAGCAUUCCCACGUUAAAUAAACUUUGGCUGUUGUCUACAAGU